CUUCCUCCAGCAGUCGCCUGUCUGAAGAGCAGUUCCUGUGGUCUACAUGUUUGGAUGUGUUCACUGGAAAAGUUGCCUGUGAUGUCUGCACCGGGAUGAAGCGCAAGGCCCUGAAGUCCUGCCUGGUGUGUCAGACCUCUUACUGUAAGACUCACCUGGAGCCUCAUCAGAUAGCCCCACCCUUAAAGAGACACAAACUGAUCGACCCUGUGGAGAACCUGGAAGACAGGAUCUGUACAAAGUAUGACCGACUCCUGGAGCUGUUCUGUAGGACUGACCAGACAUGUGUGUGUCAGUUCUGCACUGAGGGAGACCACAAGACUCAUGACACUGUCCCUAUAGAGGAAGAGUGUGGAGAGAGGAAGGCUCAGCUGGGAAAAACUGAGGCGAAAGUGCAGCAGAUUAUCCAGGAGAGACUGAAGAAGGUUAAAGAGAUCAAACUCUCAGUAGAUCUCAGCCAGAGAGAUGCAGAGAGGGAAAUAGCAGAGAGCGUGCACGUCUUCACUGCUCUGGCGCUCUCCAUUGAGAAAAGCCAAGCUGAGCACAUUGAGGUGAUUGAGGAGAAGCAGAAAGCAGUAGAGAGGCAGGCUGAAGGGUUCAUUAAAGAGCUGGAGCAGGAAAUCACUGAGCUAAAGAGGAGAAGCACUGAUCUGAAGCAGCUCUCACACACUGAGGACCACCUCCAACUUCUCCAGAGCUUCCUAUCCAUAGUGUGCACACCUCAACCCACCAAGGACUGGUCUGAGAUCAGUGUUCACAGUGAUCUGUGUGUGGGAACUGUUAGGAAAGCAGUGUCUCAGCUGGAGGAGACACUGAAUAAAGAGAUGGAGAAGCUGCCUGAAGUCAAACUGAAGAGGAUUCAGCAGUAUGCAGUGGAUGUGACUCUGGACCCUCACACAUCACAUCCUGAACUCAUCCUGUCUGAAGAUGGGAAACAACUAAGAUGUGGAGACACACCACGUAAUCUUCCUCCCAAUCUAAAAAGGUUUGACCGUCAUCGAUUUGUCCUUGGAAAGGAUGGCUUCUCCUCGGGAAGAUUUUACUAUGAGGUGACGGAUAAGGGGAAGACUAGAUGGAAUUUAGGAGUGGCCAGAGAGGGGUUUAUCACAUUGAGCCCUGAACAUGGACUUUGGACUGUGAUACUAAGGGAUGGGAAUGUGUACCAUGCCUUUACCUCCCACUCUAUCCUCCUCUACCUGAGAAAGAAGCCCCAGAAGGUGGGGGUGUUUGUGGACAAUGAGGAGGGUCAGGUCUCCUUUUAUGAUGUGGAGGCCAAGUCUCAUAUCUACUCUUUCACUGGCUGUGCCUUUACAGAGAAACUCUAUCCACACUUCAGCCUUUCUUAUAAUGGUCAAAACUCAGCCCCUCUCAUCAUCUCUCCUGUCAAUCACACACACUGAUUAAACAUU